AUGCUGCACGACCGGCCCACACACGCCCAGCCCUUCCAGGUGCAUUAUAACAGCGAGCGGUACCAGAACGGCACCGAGGGCGGGCGGGAACAGAACCACCUCAGCUAUACUGUGAUAACCCCCGACACUAGACACUAUGACGACCAACACUCCACGUCGCCCGCCGCCACACCUAUGAGACGGUCCCGCAGCCCGCAGCGGCAGAGCAGCGCGCCGGAGCCGCCGCCCCCCGACGACAUGGAGCCCCAGAACAUCUCCUUCAUCGGCAACGCGGACGACGACGCGCUCAGACAGGGCAUCAACAGGUUGAAUAUAUCGUCUGGUACGCGCACAUACCGUAUCCCGUCACCGACGCGGCCCUCCCUCGGCCGGAACUCGUUCCAGCAACCCGACGAGUCCGCCGACAACAACGAGAAAGGAUUCUACAUCUCCUUCGACAACGAGCAACCGAAGAGGCCGAAACCCCCCCUCAGGGCGAAACGAGGCUCCCCCAAGAAGGAGAAGUCAGACUCGCAGAGCCCCGAACGGAGUCCGGACGACGCGUGGAGCGAAAUGGAAGAGCGCAGUAUGUUGGUCGAGUAGGUCGGCGGUGUCUCGCGACGUUUCGCAGGUGCCAGAAACGCGGCCGCGAGACGCAGCGCGCGCGCCCGAGCCCGCGCCCGCCGCCCUUGUCAUCGGGGACCUCGACCCUGACCCGAGCUCGGCGGAGGAGAUGGAGCGCAAGAAGGAGCGCAUAAUGCUGCUGUCGCUGCAGCGGCGGCAGCGCGCGGAGGAGGCGCGCGCGCGGGCCGAGGCCGCGGCGGGGGCGAGGCGCGCGCGGGACGAGGCCGCCGCCGAGCUGCGCGCGCAGCGCCGCCUCGAGCAGCAGCGCCGCCGCGACCAGAUCCUGCACCAGUACAAGCUCAAGAAGGCCGUCGAGGAGGCCGAGCGGGAGGGGAAGGUGCUCGACAAGAGCGAGUUCGCCGAGUCCCUCCGCGGCGGCGGCGGCGGCCCCGCGAGCCCCGCGGGCGCGGGCACCCGGCUGCGGGGCGCCCGCCCCCCGCCCCGCGCCCGGCCCAAGACCAUCCACGUGGACUCCACCGCGCUCCACCACGCCGCGCUCGCGCGCCAGCCCUCCGCCACAGACCUCACCGCGGCGCGCGCGGCGGCCGGCGUGGCGGGCACCAUGCGGCGGGACUACUACCGCGGCUCGCAGGACAGCCUCGCCUACAGGAUGACCCCCGCGGAGUCCCCGGUGGAGGAGCGCGGGGGCGCGUCCCCGGGCAGCGCGGGCAGCGGCCCCCUCGCGCGCCGCGGCUCCUGCAAGACCUCCAGAGAGCGUGUGAAUGAGGAACCUCAGGCUUCACGUGGAAGGUCUAAAUAUUCCACUUACCAGAGUAACUUUAAGGCCGGCAGGAAGUCUAGCUCUCUUAUGAACCUGUGCGACUCGGGACUGGGUCGCGCGACUCCGCCGCGGCGGGCGGCGUCCCCCGGCGUGGGGGCGGGGGCGGCGGGCGGGCGCCACGCGGGGGCGGCGUCCCCCCUGUCGGGGCCGGGGUCGCUGCCCGGCGCCAUCGGCAAGCGCCGCGUGCACCACGACGACUGCUCCGACGUCUCCUCCACGCACUCCUCCAUCAUGGACUACUCCGGGCCCCGCCUGUACAAGCAGCCGACGACGAAAUCGAACCGCGGCAUAAUGCUGAACGCGGUGGAGUACUGCGUGUUCCCGGGCGCCGUGAACGCGGACGCCAAGCGGCGCGUGCUCGAGGAGAUCGCGCGCAGCGAGAGCAAGCACUUCCUGGUGCUGUUCCGCGACGCGGGCUGCCAGUUCCGCGCGCUCUACUCCUACUGUCCCGACUCGGACCAGGUGGCCAAGUUGUACGGCACCGGGCCCAAGAACGUCAACGACAGGAUGUUCGACAAGUUCUUCAAGUACAACUCGGGCAGCAAGUGUUUCUCCCAAGUGCACACGAAGCACUUGACUGUGACUAUAGACGCGUUCACGAUACACAACUCGCUGUGGCAGGGCAAGAAGGUGCAGCUGCCCAGCAAGAAGGACAUGGCCCUCGUCAUAUAG